GGAAGAACAGGGAGACAAAGUCCACCAGCUACAUGUUGUUACUUAACCAAGGUGUCCAGUCAACACGCUACUCCGACUCCAUUUUGAGAAAGAGAGCAGUCGAGAGAUUCUUGUGGGCCGGGGCUGUUCAAUUACAAAUUCUGAUUUUCGAACCAAGAAAUGAGACAGAUUUUCAAACCAAGGAGUGAAGCUGGGCCAUAUAUGUUCAGCUGGUAAGCACAGGCUAUUCCAGUCUACUUCAGUUUCCAACUUCAGAUCAGGAAUAAUGUCAAACACAGCAGCCUAGAUGUUCAUGCACGGUUCAUAUUCAUGUUUUGUUAACUGCUUGUCAUGACGAAAUUUAUCUGGAUGCAAUGAGGAGUGGCUGAAACAUGGAGAAACGAGUCAAGAUACAACAGGAAGCCAGUCUAAAGGGGCAAAGCUCAUUCCAUCAUGAGAGGCCUCCAUCACCUGUGCCCACUUGUGUGUCCAUGAAGAGUGACCGCUCAGAGGAUCGCAUAAUAUAUUUCAAACAGGAUGAUGGAACAAGCUCAUUCCAUCAUGAGAGGCCUCCAUCACCUGUGCCCACUUGUGUGUCCAUGAAGAGUGACCGGUCAGAGGAUCGCAUGAUAUACUUCAAACAGGAUGAUGUCACAGAUGGAACAAGAGGCCAAAUGGAAGGAUGCAAACCAGCCAGUGACCAGAUUACCCAGGGGGACCUCAAGCACAUAUUCCAGGUGCUCGAGGAGAAGAUCAUCACCUUUGUUAAGAAUGAGCUGAGGAGAUUCAGGAAUAUUGUGAGUCCAGAUUACCAAGAAACAUUUGAGGGUAAACAGUGGGAUGAGAGUGAUGCCAGAGAGGGGACUCUCAAGAUUGCACUGCACUUCCUGAGGAACAUGAAGGAGAAACAUAUUGCUGACAAACUGCAAGAAAAUGAAAAGGAUGUGGUUUGUCAAACAGAGCUGAAGCGAAAUCUCAUGAACAAGUACCAGAGUGUGUUUGAAGGCAUACCCAAGCAAGGGAGCUCUGCUCUGCUGGAAAAGAUCUACACAGAGGUCUAUAUCACAGAGGGAGGAAGUGGAAAAGUAAAUGAGGAGCAUGAAGUCAGGCAGAUUGAGUCCAUAUCCAAGAGAUCAGCUGGACAGGAGACAUCAAUCAAAUGCAGAGACAUCUUCAAGCCCUUACCUGGCCAAGACCAGCCAAUCAGAAGUGUGAUCACAAAGGGAGUAGCUGGCAUUGGCAAAACCGUCUCAGUUCAAAAGUACAUCCUGGAUUGGACUGAGGGAAAAGAGAACCAGGAUGUCCACUUCAUAUUUCCACUGCCUUUUCGGGAGCUCAACCCCAUGAAAGACAAACCGCUCUCUUUUAUAAAACUUCUCCACCAUUUUUUCUCAGAAAUGAAGCAAUUAACUUUUCCCACCCAGGGGAAGUACAAAGUGUUGUUCAUCUUUGACGGACUUGAUGAGUGUCGACUCCAACUAGACUUCCAGAAAAAUUCAGUCUUGACUGAAGUGACAGAGGUCACUUCAUUGGAUAUUCUGCUGACAAAUCUCAUCAAGGGUAAUCUGCUUCCCUCUGCUCUGCUUUGGAUCACUUCUCGACCCGCAGCAGCCAAUCAAAUUCCACCUCAGAACGUCGACCGGGUCACAGAAGUACAAGGAUUCAGCAACCCUCAAAAGGAGGAGUACUUCAGGAGGAGAAUCUGUGAUCAGACUCUUGCCAGCAAAGUCUUCGCUCACAUCAGAUCAUCAAAAAGCCUCCACAUUAUGUGCCACAUACCAGUGUUUUGCUGGAUUGCUGCUUCUGUGCUUGAAUUUCUUCUAAAGACUGAAGGACAUAAGAAAGUUCCAAAGACUUUGACAGAAAUGUACACGUAUUUCCUUGUUUUUCAAACCAAGCAGAGGAGUCUGAAGCUUGAAGGAAGUUAUGACACAGAUCCACAGUGGAACCGGGCUAGUCUCCUUGCUCUUGGAAAGUUGGCCUAUGACCAGCUGCAGAGGGGUAACCUGAUCUUUUAUGAAAACGACCUGAAAGAGAGUGGAAUUGAUGUCAAAGAGGCAGCAGUACACAGUGGCAUUUGCACCCAAAUCUUUCGAGAAGAGUCAGGCCUUCAUCAGGAAAAGUUGUACUGCUUUGUUCAUCUGAGCAUCCAGGAGUAUCUUGCCGCUUUGUAUGUAAUGCUGAUGUUUAUAACUGAAAGGAUGGAUCUCAUGACCCAAAAGCAAGCCACCAGAACGAUCAAAAGCAGACCAGCACACAAAUCCAUGGCCACCUUACAGAAAAGUGCUGUGGACAAAGCCUUGGAACAUGAAGAUGGGCGCUUUGAUCUUUUCCUCCGUUUCCUGCUUGGCCUCUCUCUGGAAUCCAACCAGAGACUCCUACAUGGACUACUGCAAAAAGUACAGGAUGAAAGCAGACAAGAAAUACCCAGUUACAUCAAGACAAAAAUCAGAGAGAUUCCAUCAUCAGAAAGAGUUAUCAACCUCUUCCACUGUCUGAAUGAAAUCAAUGAUCACUCUUUAGUGGAGGAGGUCCAGAGCUUCCUGAGUGCAGGGACACUUUCUGCAGCCAAACUGUCAUCCACACAGUGGUCAGCUCUCGUGUUUGUACUUCUGACAUCAGAAGAAAAGCUGGAUGUGUUUGACUUGAAGAAGUACAUCAGGUCUGAUGAAUGUCUCCUAAGGCUGCUGCCAGUAGUGGAGGAAUCCCAAAAGGCUCUGCUUAACAGCUGUAGGCUCACUGAGAGGAGCUGUGCAGGUCUGGCAUCUGUCCUCAACAAAGCAUCUUCAAAGCUGAAACAUCUGGACCUCAGUGACAACAGUAUUGGAGAUACUGGGGUCCAACACUUGUGUAGUGGAUGGGGUGACCCAAGCUGUGCACUGGAGAAACUUGGGCUCUCUGACUGCAGUAUCACAGAGAAGGGCUAUGCUAGUCUGGCUUCAGCCCUGAGGUUAAAUCCCAAAUACCUCAGAGAGCUUGACCUCAGAGGAAAUGAUCCAGGGAAAUCUGGAGUCAAACUGCUUUUAGACCUAAAGGACGACCCACAGUGUACACUGACAAAUGUCCAGUUCCUGAAAAGUAGUGCUGCUGAGGAAGCCUGUGCUGCUGUGGCUUCAGCUGUGGGUUCAAACCCCUUACUCAUGACUGAGCUGGAUCUGAGUGGGCGCAUACCAGGAGCCUUGGGAGUGACUCAGCUGUGUGCUUUACUGCAGGAUCCCCACUGCACACUGCACACAUUACGCCUGCAGAACUGCAGCAUUGGAGAGGAAGGCUUCAUAGCUCUUGCAUCAGCACUGAGAUCAAACCCCUCACACAUGAGAUGGCUGUGGCUGAGUGGGAAUGAAGCAGGAGACUCAGGAGUGAAGCAUCUUUCUUCUCUUCUGGAGGAUCCCAACUGUAAACUGGUGACACUACACCUGGAGAACUGCAGUAUUGGAGAGGAAGGCUUCAGAGCUCUUGCAUCAGCACUGAGAUCAAACCCCUCACACAUGAGACGGCUGUGGCUGAGUCAUAAUGAAGCAGGAGACUCAGGAGUGAAGCAUCUUUCUUCUCUUCUGGAGGAUCCCAACUGUAAACUGGUGACACUAGACCUGGAUAACUGCAGCAUUGGAGAGGAAGGUUUCAUAGCUCUUGCAUCAGCACUGAGAUCAAACCCCUCACACAUGAGAUGGCUGUGGCUGAGUGGGAAUGAAGCAGGAGACUCAGGAGUGAAGCAUCUUUCUUCUCUUCUGGAGGAUCCCAACUGUAAACUGGUGACACUAGGCCUGCAGAACUGCAGCAUUGGAGAGGAAGGCUUCAUAGCUCUUGCAUCAGCACUGAGAUCAAACCCCUCACACAUGAGAUGGCUGUGGCUGAGUGGGAAUGAAGCAGGAGACUCAGGAGUGAAGCAUCUUUCUUCUCUUCUGGAGGAUCCCAACUGUAAACUGGAGAAACUACGCCUGGAUAACUGCAGCAUUGGAGAGGAAGGCUUCAUAGCUCUUGCAUCAGCACUGAGAUCAAACCCCUCACACAUGAGAUGGCUGUGGCUGAGUGGGAAUGAAGCAGGAGACUCAGGAGUGAAGCAUCUUUCUUCUCUUCUGGAGGAUCCCAACUGUAAACUGGAGACACUACGCCUGGAUAACUGCAGCAUUGGAGAGGAAGGCUUCAUAGCUCUUGCAUCAGCACUGAGAUCAAACCCCUCACACAUGAGAGGGCUGUGGCUGAGUGGGAAUGAAGCAGGAGACUCAGGAGUGAAGCAUCUUUCUUCUCUUCUGGAGGAUCCCAACUGUAAACUGGAGAAACUACGCCUGCAGAACUGCAGCAUUGGAGAGGAAGGCUUCAUAGCUCUUGCAUCAGCACUGAGAUCAAACCCCUCACACAUGAGAGGGCUGUGGCUGAGUGGGAAUGAAGCAGGAGACUCAGGAGUGAAGCAUCUUUCUUCUCUUCUGGAGGAUCCCAACUGUAAACUGGAGACACUAGAACUGCAGUACUGCAGUAUAACAGAUGAAGGUUUCAGAGCUUUAGCAUCAGCACUGAGAUCAAACCCAUCAGCCCCCAGAGAGCUCCAUCUGGGGGGGAAUCAGCCUGGACCCUCAGCACAGCAGCUGUUCUCUGAACUACAGAAACAUCCAAACUGUAAACAUUUAAAAAUAUAUGGGCCCUAAAUGAAUCCAUCCCAUUUAUAAUCCACAAUAAAUAUUAUUUACACUGUUCACAAUAAGUGUCACGUUGGCACUAUAUGAAGUUGAAAAUGUUCACUCUGAAGGCUGUAUUGUGCUGUAUCUGAGUCCAUCACUCAUGUAUACUCAUUGUUUUUGGGUUGCUUUCCUUCUCACGUACAGUCUGUUCAUACACACACACACACACACACACGCACACACACACACCGAAACAAGUGCCGAUGAGAACUCUUUGCUAUAAAAGAUCCCUUUACAAAUGUAUUGCUUCGUUUAAUUUGUGAUCCCUGAAUGUACAAUACAUGACUGUUCUCUUCAUCAGAUGUUCUCCAUUUUGAUACUCUUAAAUGUCAAGUAUUGUGAUUUUGAUACAUGCAUAUACUGACCAUAUACUGAUCCGAUCAUUCUGAUAUACUGUAUAUACUGGGUGAUUCUUGUAAUAAACUUUGAGGCUUUUGAGAACAUA